AUGGCUCCCGUUGUUCAUCUCGUGCGCCACGCGCAAGGAUAUCAUAACUUAAGUCACGAAAACGAGAAGUUUCCUGAUCCAGAUUUGACGCCUUUUGGUGAGGAACAAUGCAGGAAUCUCCGGGAUACUUUCCCCAACCACGACAAGAUCACUCACCUGUGUGCCUCGCCACUCCGUCGUACGUUGUACACUUGUCUGCAUUCAUUUGAACCUGUGGCCAAGAAGGGCAAGAAGGUGAUCGCCAUUCCAGACGCUCAGGAAAUGUCGUUGCAGCCGUGUGAUCAUGGCUCCGAUCUGUCAAAAAUCAAGGCAGAGUUCGGCGACAAGGUAGACUUCUCGCUUGCCUGGGACGGUUGGAAUGACAAGUCGCCUGACAGCAAGUACUAUCCGGAUCCAGCCAAACUUGAUGCACGUGCAAGACGUGUCCGACGUACAUUGCGAGAACUCGCACAAAAGCACGGCGACGACGCACAGAUCGUUCUGGUGACCCACGGAGGUAUCGUGCAUUUCUUGACAGGCGACUGGGAAGGCAUUCCUCAAGGAGGAGCUACUGGGUGGGCUAAUACCGAGUACCGCUCGUACGUGUUUAAGGACCCAACAGGCGCAGACCCCGACGCUUUGCUGCAAGAGACACGUCCCAGCUGGCGCGAGCGACGUGGAAGCGCAAUUCCUCUGACAGAGACGGAGAACAUGGAAGCACGUUCGGUGGUCCAAAAGAUGGUCGAGGGAGAAAAUGCUACUGAUAUGGAAGCCCGUUCGAGAGCUGCGUCUGAAAAGCCGGAGUAA